GAAAGAAGCGGCACGAUCAUAGCUCGAUGCAGCCUCUCAACUUCCCAGAUUCAGGUUUUAAAGUUUUUGGUAGAGCUACGGUCCCACUAUAUUGUUGAGGCUGGUUUCAGACUCCUGGGCCCAAGAUAUCCUUCUGCCUCGGCCUCCCAAACUGUUGGGAUUACAGGCAUGACUCACAGAGUCGGACCUCCACUCUUUCUUGACAAGCGCCGAGCCCACCAGGGUAAAGUAGGAUACGACCACUCUCUUCCCUCAACCCCGGAGAUCGCGCGGCGCCUGGAGCGAGGUCGACCUGGACGCGCCUGCCGCGAGGCGGGGCCGAGUCGUCCCGGGGCGGGGCGGGACCCGGCGGCUCCCGGGCUGCUGUCCCCGCCUGCCCUGACUCACCCUCGCGGCCCGCCCGGGAACUCUGCGGGAGACCCGGCUGCUCCGCUUUGCCGCUUUCAGGAACCCAGGAGUUGGGCCCAGCGUCCCUCCCGGAACGGCAGCAUGAUCCCAGUGGCCGAGUUCAAGCAGUUCACGGAACAGCAGCCUGCAUUCAAGGUGCUCAAACCCUGGUGGGACGUGCUGGCCGAGUACCUCACUGUAGCCAUGCUCAUGAUCGGGGUCUUUGGCUGCACCCUCCAGGUGACACAGGACAAAAUCAUCUGUCUGCCCAAUCAUGAGCCCCAGGAGAACUUAUCAGAGGCCCCGUGCCAGCAGUUGUUGCCUCGAGGGGUCCCUGAGCAGAUGGGGGCCCUGCAGGAAGUGAAAGGCCUUAAGAACAACCUGGACCUGCAGCAGUACAGCUUCAUUAACCAGCUGUGCUAUGAGACAGCCUUGCACUGGUACGCCAAGUACUUCCCCUAUCUUGUGGUCAUUCACACACUCAUCUUCAUGGUCUGCACCAGCUUCUGGUUCAAGUUCCCUGGCACCAGCUCCAAGAUCGAACACUUCAUCUCCAUCCUGGGCAAGUGUUUCGACUCUCCGUGGACCACAAGGGCCCUGUCCGAGGUCUCCGGGGAGAACCAGAAGGGCCCAGCCGCCGCUGGACGGCCCACAGCAACCAUAGCAGCCACGGCAGGGGCUGGGCCAGGGAAGGCAGGGGAAGGUGAGAAGGAGAAAGUGCUGGUGGAACCAGAGAAGGUGGUGACCGAGCCUCCGGUUGUCACCCUGCUGGACAAAAAGGAGGGUGAGCAAGCCAAAGCCUUGUUUGAGAAGGUGAAGAAGUUCCGCGUGCACGUGGAGGAGGGUGACAUCCUAUACACCAUGUACAUCCGGCAGACGGUGCUGAAGGUGUGUAAGUUUCUGGCCAUCCUGGUCUACAACCUGGUCUAUGUGGAGAAGAUCAGUUUCCUGGUGGCCUGCAGGGUGGAGACGUCGGAGGUCACGGGCUACGCCAGCUUCUGCUGCAACCACACCAAGGCCCACCUUUUCUCCAAGCUGGCCUUCUGUUACAUCUCCUUCGUGUGCAUCUACGGGCUCACCUGCAUCUACACGCUCUACUGGCUCUUCCAUCGGCCCCUCAAGGAGUACUCCUUCCGUUCCGUGCGGGAGGAGACUGGCAUGGGGGACAUUCCUGACGUCAAGAACGACUUUGCCUUCAUGCUGCACCUCAUCGAUCAGUACGACUCGCUCUACUCCAAGCGCUUUGCCGUCUUCCUGUCCGAGGUCAGCGAAAGCCGCCUAAAGCAGCUCAAUCUCAACCAUGAGUGGACACCGGAGAAGCUUAGGCAGAAGCUGCAGCGCAACGCCGGGGGCCGGCUGGAGCUGGCCCUCUGCAUGCUUCCGGGACUGCCCGACACUGUCUUCGAGCUCAGUGAGGUGGAGUCGCUCCGGCUGGAGGCCAUCUGCGAUAUCACCUUCCCCCCGGGGCUGUCGCAACUGGUGCACUUGCAGGAGCUCAGCUUGCUCCACUCGCCCGCCAGGCUACCCUUCUCCUUGCAGGUCUUCCUGCGGGACCACCUGAAGGUGAUGCGUGUCAAAUGCGAGGAGCUCCGCGAGGUGCCACUUUGGGUGUUUGGGCUGCGCAGCUUGGAGGAGCUGCACCUGGAGGGGCUCUUCCCCCAGGAGCUGGCUCGGGCAGCCACCCUGGAGAGCCUCCGGGAGCUGAAGCAGCUCAAGGUGUUGUCCCUCCGAAGCAAUGCCGGGAAGGUGCCAGCCAGUGUGACCGAUGUCGCCGGUCACCUGCAGAGGCUCAGCCUGCACAAUGAUGGGGCCCGCCUGGUGGCCCUGAACAGUCUCAAGAAGCUGGUGGCGUUGCGGGAGCUGGAGCUGGUGGCCUGCGGGCUGGAACGCAUCCCCCAUGCGGUGUUCAGCCUGGGCGCGCUGCAGGAACUUGACCUCAAGGACAACCACCUGCGCUCCAUCGAAGAAAUCCUCAGCUUCCAGCACUGCCGGAAGCUGGUCACGCUCAGGCUGUGGCACAACCAGAUCGCCUAUGUCCCCGAGCAUGUGCGCAAGCUCAAGAGCCUGGAGCAGCUCUACCUGAGCUACAACAAGCUGGAGACCCUGCCCUCCCAGCUCGGCCUGUGCUCGGGCCUCCGUUUGCUGGAUGUGUCCCACAACGGGCUCCACUCCCUGCCGCCCGAGGUGGGCCUCCUGCAGAACCUACAGCACCUGGCCCUCUCCUACAAUGCCCUGGAUGCCCUGCCCGACGAGCUCUUCUUCUGCCGCAAGCUGCGGACGUUGCUUCUGGGCGACAACCAGCUGACCCAGCUCUCGCCCCAAGUGGGUGCCCUCAGAGCCCUCAGCCGCCUGGAGCUCAAAGGCAACCGUUUAGAGAUGCUGCCGGAAGAACUUGGCAACUGUGGGGGGCUCAAGAAGGCAGGACUCCUGGUGGAAGACGCCCUUUACCAGAGUCUGCCGGCAGAGGUGCGGGACAAGAUGGAGGAGGAAUGAACCUGGGGUGGGGUUGUUUUAGGUAAAGCCUUAAAAACGUUUCCUCCCUGGAGUCUCAACCACAGUCUUCCAAGACAGGAAGCCAAAUGGGCCCAGGCCAGGAGAGGAGGGACAGACCGUGUCAGCCUUCUGGGGCCCGGGCAGGAUCUGGGGCAGGUUUGUCUGGGAAGAGGGACCGGAUGUUGUGGAUUUGGGGUGGAACCUUGUAUGGAGGGAUUAACUCAGUCAUGGGAUUCGCCGACCAAAACCACACCUGUGUCUCUGGCGGGCUGGCUGGCCUUGCUCCCAUCCCUAGAUCAGAACUGCUGCCUCUCCCUGGAUAUUCUAGCUCAAUUCAUGCCAUAUAUGGGAGAAAGGACACAUCCCAGUGGGAUUUCCAAUACGCCACUCCCAUGCAACAAACAAAGCAACUUACAUCUGGGGUUCUCUCCCAAGGAGAGGACACAGACACAGUUGUUUGCCGUGGAUAUGUGAGCUCAGGACAAUGGUUCUCAUUUGGCUAAGCGUCAAAAUCAAUUAGGGAGUUGGGGCAAAACAAAAUAUCCCUGGCCCCACACCUGAAAGACUGACUCAGGAGGUUUGGAUAGGGGCCAGGAGUCUGUUUGUGAGUGUUCCAGGUAGUUCUUGUGUAGGUAAGUGGUCCUGGGACAGUAUGUUGGGAAAUGCUGAUGUAAAGGUAUCAGGGCUGGGUGCUGUGGCUCAUGCCUGUAAUCCCAGCACUUUGGGAAGCCCAGGCAGGAGGACCAGUUGAGCUUAGGAGUUCAAGAUCAGUCGGCAACAUAGCGAGACCCCACCUCUGCC